CGCCGGCGCUAACGGGGCUCCUGUAGGCCCAGCAGGUGGAGAAAAUGGGGAUGCGGACCAGCAGUUCGUGAUGCUACGGACCGCCAUGCGCGAAAAGAUAUUCGAGUAUACAGGAAGGAAACAACCAUCGCCCGAGUGGCGGAGGCGGUUGCCAGAACUGGCAAAGCGGCUCGAGGAGAUCUUGUAUAGGAAAUUCCCAAACAAGAAUGACUACUGCAAUAUGACGAGGGGGCAGUUGAGCCGCAUUUGCAGUUUGCUAUUAAGACUGAGCGCUCAGAACCAGCAAAUUCAACAGAACCUACAAAAGGCUUGGGAGACAGCAUCUUCAUCCGGCAGAAUGACUCCGGUUGUGAACCAUGAUGCUCUCUGGGAGCAGUCUGCAUCCCUCCUGACAGAUUCACAGAACAAUGCUGAUGAGCACAACAAAACUGACAGGGGGCUCCCGCAGCACCAGUCAACGGAGGACAUGGCAGCCCUCUCAGGAGUAGACCAGCAGUUUGUGAUGCUACGGACCGCUAUGCGCGAAAAAAUAUUGGAGUAUAUAAGAAGGAAACAAUCAUCACCCGAGUGGCGGAAGCGGUUGCCAGAACUGGCGAAGCGGCUCGAGGAGGUCUUGCAUAGAGAAUUCCCAAACAUGAAUGACUACUACAAUAUGAUGAAGGGGCCAAUUGAUCCGCAUUUGCAGUUUGCUAUCAGGACACUGAUAGCUCAGAACCAGCAAUUUCAACAGAACCUACAAAUGGCUAGGGAGACAGCAUCUUCAUCCGGCACAAUGAAUCCGGAUGUGAACCAUGGUGAUCUCUGUGAGCAGUCUGCAACCCUCCUGGCUGAUGUGCAGAGCAACAAUGCUGAUGAGGUCGACAGGACUGAAUGACUACCAUGCUGUGGUGGAGUGAACGAUUGAAGUACAGCUAAGGUUUCUCAAUAAGGCCCUCAGUGCUCUGAGUAUCUGAUAUCUCCAAGCAAUAAGCAAUCCCUGAUUUGGUGUCAGGAAGAAGUUUGACAGGUUCAUAGUAAUAUGUUUCAUAUUUGAACUGUUGUAAACAGAAGUACUGCACCAAAGGUAAAAACUGCAUAAUGGGUUUCGUA